ACUACCGAAGCUCGAGUCCCGAACCCAGCCGCUUCCCUAGGGGUCCAGCAGCAGCGGGCGCGAAUCGGCACAUUACCGGGGGACCGCGGGGCGCUCAGGACUGCGACAACUCUGUGGGUUACCGCGCCGGCCUAGCGGCCCAGCGAUGCCCCCCAGCGGCCAGAGAAGGCCGCGCUUCUCGGGGUUGGCCCACCCAACCGCUCUGCGGGUAGUACCGAGGAGCAAGGCAUUAUCGCGAGAUCAGGGCCACUAUUUGAGCGCAUGCGCAAGGCAGGCUAGUCUCUUUUCCGGUUAGCGCGGCGUGAGAAGCCAUGAGCAGCAAAGUCUCUCGCGACACCCUGUACGAGGCGGUGCGGGAAGUCCUGCACGGGAACCAGCGCAAGCGCCGCAAGUUCCUGGAGACGGUGGAGUUGCAGAUCAGCUUGAAGAACUAUGACCCCCAGAAGGACAAGCGCUUCUCGGGCACCGUCAGGCUUAAGUCCACCCCCCGCCCUAAGUUCUCUGUGUGUGUCCUGGGGGACCAGCAGCACUGUGACGAGGCUAAGGCCGUGGAUAUCCCCCACAUGGACAUCGAGGCGCUGAAAAAACUCAACAAGAAUAAAAAACUGGUCAAGAAGCUGGCGAAGAAGUAUGAUGCGUUUUUGGCCUCAGAGUCUCUGAUCAAGCAGAUUCCACGAAUCCUCGGCCCAGGUUUAAAUAAGGCAGGAAAGUUCCCUUCCCUGCUCACACACAACGAAAACAUGGUGGCCAAAGUGGAUGAGGUGAAGUCCACAAUCAAGUUCCAAAUGAAGAAGGUGUUAUGUCUGGCUGUAGCUGUUGGUCACGUGAAGAUGACAGACGAUGAGCUUGUGUAUAACAUUCACCUGGCUGUUAACUUCUUGGUGUCAUUGCUCAAGAAAAACUGGCAGAAUGUCCGGGCCUUAUAUAUCAAGAGCACCAUGGGCAAGCCCCAGCGCCUCUAUUAAGGCACAUUUGAAUAAAUUCUAUUACCAGUU